AUGUCGCCCUCACCGCAACUCUCUCCUCCGGGGAGCAGCACAUAUGAUUCGAACACGAUGCAUGUGGGCGAUGGGACUUGGGAUGCAGGAAGAGACGACUUUCUCCUGCCCAAUCUCGUUGGACUGAAUUUUGCGACAAUGAGAUACAACGGAAUGGGAAACCGGUUCUUCUCCCUGACCGGAUAUCAUAGUCUGGUCGAAGCGCACGGCAUCAUCGCCGCAAUCACAUUCCUCGGAAUCGUCCCGCUCGCGAUUUUCCUCAUGCGAUUCUACGGCCGCCAGCCCCGACUCGCCCUCCGACUGCACAUAUGGCUCCAAAUCCUAACCCUCCUCUUGAGCACGGUGGUCAUCAUUCUCGGCUUUCAGGCAGUUGGUCCCAACAGAAGCUUGACCAAUCCACAUCACGGGAUUGGUGUCGCAAUAUACGUCUUGAUCUGGGUUCAGGUCAUGGGAGGCUGUAUGGUACACCGAAGAGAAAAAGGGAGGAAGCGGGCACACAUUCCUCUCAGCGCCAUGCUCCAUCAUUGGCUGGGCCGGGCUAUUGCUCUGCUCGGGAUCGUUCAGGUUCCCCUUGGCUUGACUCUUUACGGGUCGCCUCCCUACUUGUUUGUUCUUUAUUCACUAUGGGGCUUUUUCCUGCUUUUCCUGUAUUUUGUCCUGCAGUUUCUGGCCGAGAGGCGAAGAGGUCGCUAUGGGCCUGGCGGCAGUAAUCACCAGGUUGAUGUUGUUGAGCCCGUCGAUGACCGCAGGCACACAGGGCUGGGAAAACUGGCUCUGGCUGGUGCAGCUGGUGCGGGCCUCGCAGCAUUGUUCAGGAGACGAUCGAGGAGGGAUGAUUCGCCUCACCGUGUGCACGGAGGAUCUGGAACCGAAGUGACCGGAAGCGGAUCGUCCUACUACUACGAUGACGACAAAAUGUCCGAUCGGUCGCGCCACGGCAUCGGGCAUCGUCUUCUACAAGUCGCGGCGAUCGGAGGAGCUGUCGCCGCAGUGAAGAAACUGAUGGGUCGCAGAGACCGCGACGACGACUCGGACGUUGGCCCUUACAGACCACCGCUCGGUGGCAAUCAGUCUGUCACGACAGACUCGAUGUCGCGAAUUGAAGAAGGCAGGCCGCCCUCCAUUCGUCCAGUGACACCGGGUGGUGCUAGUCCGGGCCACGUUAGACCCACGCAUCCUCUCGCCCAAACUCCAAUGACGCCAGGACCGGAUGGACGCAGACCAUCCGGGUCAUUGUACUCGUACGAUUCGUACAUGUCUGGGUCUCCAUCGCGGCGCGAUCGGAGAUCGCAUGCAUUCCGAGAUGCUGUGGCUGCAGGAGGGACCGUGUUCGCCAUUCGACAACUUUUCAAAAACCGCCGACAACGGAAAGAAGAUCUUCGUGCGGAACAACUGAGGAGAGAGAGGAUAGAGGACGAGCGAAGAGCGCGCAUGGACUCGGGUCAUAGGUACACGGGCGAUGGAGUUGCUCCCCCGAGACGAGUCCGCCACGGCAGGAUGGGCAGUCAGACUGCAUCAGAUAUAUCGACCGAGCUGGGCCCUCCUGGAAUGAGCGGAGCCAUCCCAGCAGCAGCAGGAGCAGGGGUAGGUGCCGCAGCAGCAAGUGCCCUUGCCGAUAGAGAUCGGAUCAGACCCGUCGGCCACGAUCCUCCUAUCGUUCAGCCGGGUCCUCCUUCUGCUGCUUAUCCAGUUCCCGGUCCGCCUGCUGCUGCAUAUCCCGUUCCCGGGCCAGGCCAAGCAGAAAUUCCUCCUAUACCCCCGCCUCACCUGGACUCAUCGGGCAGCGAACUUUACACCACGGGAUCCGGCAGGCAACGACAUCGACAUCAUCUUCGCGAUGAAGCCGCAGCUGGACUGGCGGGAGCAGCCCUCGGAGCUGCGGCGGCGGAGGGCUCCCACCGUCGGCGGAGACAAAGUAGUCGCAACAACGACAGGACCGACAGCGUGGAAUCUCCUCCUGUCAGUGUCAAAAUCAACAUGCAUAACGAUGGCCGCCAAGUGACCCUUCGGCGGUUGACGGAAGAAGAAGCCGCAGCACAGCGUGAGGCGCGGAGAAGAGAACGUCAGGCUUCUGCGGCGGCCAGAAGAUCCAGGAGAGGCUCAAGUUUCAGCGGGAGCGACAGUGAGGCGAUGGGUGCAACCAGUGCUGAUCGACGAUGGAGACGCACUGAAGCGCUGGAAGCCGAGCAGGCGGCGCAGAACGAAGCUGCCGGUCAAGCUGCUGCCACGCCACACUCAGCCGCAGCCAGGACUCCUCAGCCGCCAGCGUCUGUUGCUGGGCUCAGUCCCGCUCCGACGAUACCAUACCCUACUCCACCUGAGCCGCAUAAUGUGCAAACAGGUACCGGCCAAACAUACCAAGUGCCUCUUCCGCCUCCGCCGCCUAUCCCAGGAUCAGCGAGCAAUCUAGGCUACCCAGCGGGAAGCGGUGUCACUUCUCCUGGAACGGAGACGAGUGGAGCGACGGAGUAUGCUAAUAACAGAAGGAGAAGGCGAGCGGAGCGGGCGCAGGCGAGGCUGGCCAGGGAAGGGAGGACCGGUGGAAGCGUCGAGUUUACCUGA